GUUAGCAAGUGCGCAUGGCAGCGGUUAUAGAUUUUUCUAUGUCAAAACGGUUUCCUUUCGUGAUUCUUUUACCUGCAAUACCUAACUUUCUCAUUUGUUGUCUUCCGGAAUCACUACUUUUUCCCCAGCCAAAGAAGGUUUUUAACAUCCCGGGUAUCUAGAUAGCAAAAAACCGCAUCUCCUUUUGAUGCUACUGUUCGUUGUUCCAACAAUUUACCUUCCUAUCAAAGUUGCCCGUUCCAACAUUUGCUGCUUGUUAAUGGUUGCGAUAAAACAUUGACAUUCGAACGGAGCUAUUUCGCUAGUUAUGAAAGGUUACGGCUAUUUGUUAAAGCAAGAAAUUUACCAAAUAAUUUACGUGCAGGAUGUGUAACUUUUCACAACACGAAGAAUUUUUAGCUGCUGUUACGAAGGUGUUCGAUCCGAAGGUGCUCUUUCUGACCGUCAUUCCAAUCGUAGCCGGUCUCAGCACGACGUUAUAUUCUAAACUAUUGCUCAGUGUGCUUCUGACGGAGUAUGCCAACACGAUCGUCAAAUGGAUACUCGCCGAAGAUCGCCCAUUCUGGUGGUUAAACGAGACCAAAGAGUUUUCCUCACUGAACCGUCCAAAAAUUUAUCAAAAUGAGUUAACCUGUGAGCCAAGCCCGGGUAAUCCGUCCGGUCAUCUGAUGACCUCCACGACCUAUCUCUUUGUGAUAUUCUCGGUGCUAGAGGAAUAUUUUGGGAAUUACGGCAGGUUUUCCAGAAUAUCGCUACGCAUUGCAUACUACAGCACACUGUUUUUCAUUUCGAUUUCACGGAUGUAUUUCGGUUGCCACUUUUUGCAUCAGUGCAUCUUCGGAAUCAUUCUGGGAAUUGUAAUGAGCAAAGUGUGCCUAUCGCAUCGUCUAGAGAAAUACAUUGCGAAACAGUCAUGCAAGCGUAGGAUUGCAUUCGUCAUUUUCUUAUGCUUGAUAGUAUUGUCCUUGUACUGGACACAGAAACUGUUGGGAAUCGAUCCGCAAUGGGCAGUGAAGAUGGCCUUCAAAUGGUGCGAAGAUCCGUUCUACUUGAAGCCAACCACCACACUAGUGUUUAGCGCUCUACGCCUUACAGGGUCUCUAUUUGCAUUAGCCGUAGUAGGACCUAUUCUAAAAGCUAAACCACUCAACAUGAAACUCAGCAUUCCGAUGGUGUUGGCAAUGAUGGCGCUCGAAUGGAUAGCAUUAGACCAUGUGCCGCGUAACUAUGGGGUGGUAGUUUACUUUUCAUCUAGCUUCCUGCUUUACUUCCUUUUCACCUACGCCUAUUUACGCUGGGUACCUGCUCUAGCUGGACAAGAGAUCCGCGUAUCUCGCAGUGAUAGAAACAAGUCUAAAUCUAACUAAGUAAAGUAGCAUAAGCUGCAAAUCGAAACAAGAAGAAACUAGCUAGAGAUUUACUUUUUUUCGAACAGCAUUGAUCACCUGUACCAGCGCAAUAGAAAAAAGCUUUUCUAAAGUGUUACCCAUUUUCUUCAUUCAUCACAUAUCAACCAAUAGGAAAAGUAUCAAUAGGGAACAAAUGUUCACAGGCUUGGGAGUUAAACAAAUGGCACGUACAAAUAGCCAACUACUAUUACAUCUACAAAUGCCUCGCACAACACUUACAUGCAUGAUAUGACGGUUGAAAUCGUUCUCUUACUAUACUGUAUUCUCUAAAGAUGCAUACCUAAUUGUUUACCAUGGUAUUUUCCAUAAAAUAUUCAAGUAAUCGCUUGUUACAAAA